UGAUCAAACACCAGUUAAAUAUCAGUAACCCUGACUUGCAGUUUAUGGUAAACUAUCAUACUUGAAGAAUGGUGUCAUGGUCACGUCGAGAUUUAUAUGUAUCCCGCUGAGAAAAGCCUUUUGUUUUGAUGGUACUUCUUCUAAAAGAAAUAGUACCCGCUAUACUCUCUUUCCAACUUGAAUUUUAAAACAGAUCAGACCUCCCUCUCUCCUUCACUCUCUCACCCCGAUUGUUUCUCUCUCUUCUCUCUCUCCCGUGACGCCGCCACUUUCACCGGCGAGAUCGUCACCGUCCGGAGACCAAAUUCAACGAAAUUAGUCCUAGAAUUCUUGUCUCUCUCUCCUUAACCCAACCCAGUAUUUUUCGUAGCCCAAAACCAUCGGGACAGUCAACGGUAUCGACUGGAAGUUUCGGCAGAAACCUCCCUCAUCGCUGGCGACGUUUCCGGCCACCUCAGGUCGCGCCACCACUCGGAUCAGGUACUCUUGCUUCGCGUAUUCCAGAGAAAGAGCUCUCUCAAGAUUGAUUGAGCAGCGUUGGACAUUGUACCCAUCUAUAGCUGAUUGAACCAAAUACUGCAUUAAAUGGACAACAGAACGUUAAAAUAUUACAAAUGAUUUACAUAUGUAUAUUCAUAGCAAUUAAGAAAAAUAGAUUCCAUUAACAAUUGAAUAGAAGAAAACUUGCCCCUGUAUCAUCAAACACGUCUUCUUGGGUGGCACUACCGUCAAAUAUCCGAUCAUAUGUAUGCUAUUUAAGUUCACCUUUAUGUGGAUGUGUAAUCGUGAACUCAUCAACACUUGUAGUAGCACCUCAUUCUUCAUCUGCAAUCUCCUUUUCAGUCAAAGGUCUUAAUCGAGACAAAGACCUUUGAUUCGAGAGGAGAUUGCAGACGAAGAAUGAUGUGCUACUAUAAGUGUUGAUGAGUUCACGAUUACACAUCCACAUAGAAGUGAACUUAAACAUCAUACAUAUGAUCGGAUAUUUGACGGUAGUGCCACCCAAGAAGACGUGUUUGAUGAUACAGGGGCAAGUUUUCUCUAUUCAAUUGUUAAUGGAAUCUAUUUUUCUUAAUUGCUAUGAAUAUACAUAUGUAAAUCAUUUGUAAUAUUUUAACUUUUUGUUUUCAAUUUAAUGCAGUAUUUUGUUCAAUCAGCUGUAGAUGGUACAAUGUGUGCAUAUGGGCAAACGGGUUCUACAUAUACCUUUAUGGUUCAGAAACUAAUCAUGGACUCAUUCCACGGGCAACUACAGAACUUCUUAAAAUAAUGAGCCGACACAGCAACAAAUUCUCAUUUUCGUUGAAGUUCACCAAGCAUUUAUCAACAAUCACAAAUUACAUUAUUUUGAUGCAGAAAAGUUUGUUCAUUAACAGUACUGCAGAGAAGAUUCAGAAUUGAAAUAUGUCCGGUGGCCCUGGUCUUGAGUCAUUUGUUGAUCAAACAAUUUCAGUUAUCACAAAUGAUGGAAGGAAUAUUGUGGGAGUCUUGAAAGGCUUUGACCAAGCUACGAAUAUCAUUCUCGAUGAAUCUCAUGAAUGUGUUUUCUCUACAAAGGAGGGUGUUCAGCAACUCGUGUUGGGGUUGUAUAUAAUCAGAGGUGACAACAUAAGCAUUGUUGGCGAACUAGAUGCAGAUCUUGAUUCUACUAUUGACUGGUCGAAUAUGAGAGCUUAUCCCCUCAAGCCUGUCAUCCACUGAUUCAGCAUGAAAGCCAUGGAGCGGUUGUGGACUUGAUAGGUUUUGACCUACCAAAUAAAUGUCAUAGCAUAUGAGUGAUUCAAUGAAGCAGAUAGGUAUACAAUGAUGGGAAUCCGGGUUUGCUAUAUCCAUGCAUAAUAGGUUUCAAAGGUGUUUCCCAGUAUCAUUUUCUUGAACACUGAUUCAAUGAAGCAGAAUUAUCAGCAUGAAGGCGAGAUGUUGCAGAAGGCGAGAUGCUCUUAGAGGGUGUCUUUCAGGUGUUUAAUUGCCGAUUUCCUCGAGGACAGAGAUAAGUCACUCCAAUUUCUUGCAGGACAUGACUCUUUUGGUAGUGGUACACUAACAGAACAGGAGACGCUGAGACUUGCAAAGUUGGAAAGAGAUGCAGUUAAUGGGAAUGUUGUCAUACUGUCUGACAUUUGGCUAGACAAUGAAGAGGCUAUGGGAAAGCUGGAGAGAGUCCUAGAUGCUUUUGAGAAUGAGGACUUUGUACCGUGCUUAUUUGUAUUCAUGGGGAAUUUUUGUUCUCAUCCAUGUAAUCUUGGUUUCCACUCCUCCAAUCUCAGGUCGCAGUUUGGCAAGCUAGGGCAAAUGAAUGCAGCCCAUCCACGGCUAAAAGAGGGUAGUUGUUUUCUAUUUAUCCCAAGUCCCGAUGAUGCAGGUAUAUCACACUUGCUUCACAAAUAACAUUCCAUGUGUUUUAUGUUUUAGAAACAGAUACAGACGCUGCAAUUAGAUAUGGAUCAAAGCCCUUCAACCAGUAAGAUAGCUCUAAUUUGUUCCAAAAGAACUAGAAAACUAGAUCAUUCAUUCCUCUGUUUUGCUAAUUUAUUUUUUUUGUUUUUGCUGUGAAAUAAUAGUACCUAAUUGAACUGAAAUUUGAUAUAGAAUGAAAAUAAUCUGCAAAUUAAAGCCGAGGAAAGAAAUUUAACCAUAUAAGACUACACUCUAUAUAGCCUAAAAUACAAAAGCAUUUUCUGAAAUAACUUUGCAGCUGCUACACAACAUCAAGCCUUUGACAAAAUCAUAAACAUUAGCCAUUGACACUAUCCUCCUAAGCCAAUUACAACCUUUUUCAUCCAUAGUAGAAUCACAAAAAGAGAUCAUCAGGACCCCAACACAUAGUAGCAACUAGAACAGAACCAAUCUUGCAUGCUUCCUUUUCUUGCAUUUGUUCCAAAUCCUUUUCUUCUCCUCUCAUGCUUGCUUGCUGUUUCCAAUAUGCAAUCAACUUUUUCAGUCGCACGGUCUCUUCUGAAGAAACAGUUUUGGUUGGAUCAUUCACAAUCAAUCGAACUCUUGAUGCGAACCUGAAUUAGCAUAAAGGUGUGAAAGAAAAAUUUCAAACAAAAAUAUCACACUUAACCAAGAUUUCAGUCAAAGCCAAUCAACUACAAACUAAUUGAAUAGAUAAACAUAGUUAUAUAAUAUCAAAAUGCCACUAAGAACAAUAGAACUCACAUUAGAGAACAGUAUGUCUCAUCCACAUUUGAUUCGGCAGGAGAAACGUUAAUGAACAUUAUCGUCUUGGCGUUACCACCAAGUGGAUCACUCAUCAACAUCGUCAGUUUAUCGUUCCUGUAGGGUAUGUGUUGAUUACGUUGAGACAAAGCUUUGAUAACAUCUCAGAGUGCUGGAAGUGAUUUAUUAAAGCUUUGACGACUUAUUUCUUUCCGAACCAGCAAGAUCCACGAAACUUAGCUACACAUGAAGGGAAAGACAUUAUGAGCUUCACUUGAAACACAAAACCAUGCAGGCUCUUCAGGCAGUGAACUUAAAGAAGCUCAGAGCUUUAAUAAAUCACUUUCAGCACUUGGAGAUGUUAUCUAAGAUUUGUCUCAACGUAAUCAACACAUACCCUACAGGAACGAUAAAUUGACGAUGUUGAUGAGUGAUUCACUUGGUGGUAACACCAAGAUGCUAAUGUUCAUUAAUGUUUCUCCUGCCGAAUCAAAUGUGGAUGAGACAUAUUGUUCUCUAAUGUAAGUUCUAUUGUUCUUAGUGGCAUUUUGAUAUUAUAUAACUAUGUUUAUCUAUUCAAUUACUUUGUAGUUGAUUGGCUUUGACUGGAAUCUUGGUUAAGUGUGAUAUUUUUGUUUGAAAAUUUUCAUUCACAAGUUUAUGCUAAUUCUAGUUUGCAUAAAGAGUUCGAUUGAUUUUGAAUGAUCCAACCAAAAAUGUUUCUUCAGAAGAGAUCAUGCGACUAAAAAAGUUGGUUGCAUAUUGGAAAGAGCAAGCAUGAGAGGAGACGAAGAGGAUUUGGAAGAAAUACAAGAAAAGGGAGCAUGCUAGAUUGGUUAUAUUCUAGUUGCUAUUAUGAGUUGGGGUCCUAAUGAUCUCUUUUUGUGAUUCUACUGUAGAUGAAAAAGGUUGUAAUUGGCCUAGGAGGAUAGCGUCAAUGGCUAAUGUUUAUGGUUUUGUCAAAGGCUUGAUGUUGUGUAGCAGUUGCAAGGUUAUAUCAGAAAAUGCUUUUGUAUUUUAGGCUUUAUAGAGCGUAGUCUUAUAUGGUUAAAUUUCUUUCCUCUGCUUUAAUUUGUAGAUUAUUUUCAUUAUAUAUCAAAUUUCAGUUCAAUUUGGUAGCAAAAAAAAAAUUAGCAAAACAGGGGAAUGAUCUUGUUUUCUAGUUCUUUUGGAACAAAUUAGAGCAAUCUUAUUUGGUUGAAGGGCUUUGAUCCAUAUCUAAUUGCAGCGUCUGUAUCUGUUUCUGAAACAGAUCUCCAAACAUAAAACACAUGAAAUGUUAUUUGUGAAGCCAAGGCUAUACCCAUACAACAGAUCUCCAAGCUGCUGCCCACACCAGUGCUCUUUGGGCUGUCCAGGUCAAUCAAUCCGUCUCUCAUUUCUUCUUCACCUUCGAUUGUCCAUGGCCUCUAUUAGAUCGCGCCGUUUUUAUGUUCGAAAUACUGAUAUCUAUGUGUUAGCGGCUAUACUAAAUUUGGUCUGCUUAUACACAUUUCCUGGGUGUUGCCCCAAUAUUUUGGAGACACUCGUAGAUUUAUCCAAUUAUACACCUGGUUAUUUUUUUUUAUUUUUAAAAUCAAGGGAGCCUAGAGGAGCUGGAAAUGCAUAUAAAAAUUCUGGCGUCUGUAUAUUUAGAUAAAUGGUGUUGGAGCUAUCUUGGCUGUGAUAUUGGAUUGAAUCAUAUAUUUUACAUCCCUCGUUGAUAUAAA